GGGCCCGAGCUCUUCACAGUGCCUCCCUCUCCCUCUCUCUCAGAUCUCAAGGUUUGGGUCGAAGACGGAGGAACCGUGAAGGCGCUCCUCUUUCGCCACAUACCUUUCUCUGUCUUUUGGAUAUUCUUUGCGCUUGAAAUUUGGUGUAGGAAUUCCGAAAAGUUUCAUAUUUAGGAUUAGGGUUUGGAAGUUGGAUCAACAAUGUGGAGUUGGAUGACCCCUCUCCUCUGUUUCUUCCUGAUUUAGCAUAUGAUUUAGAAGAAUUUGAUUCGUUGGGAGUAGCGGUUGGAGGGGUCAUUGGAUUAUGGGCAGCAGUGAGGCCGACCCAUCUGCCAAGGCUCCAAAGACAUCUGCAGCUCAGGAGCAAACUCCUGCCACUAGCUCCACCCCUGCUGUGACCGUUUACCCUGACUGGUCAAGCUUUCAGGCAUAUUCACCGAUUCCACCACAUGGAUUUUUUCAUUCUCCAGUGGCAUCGAAUCCCCAGCCCCAUCCUUACAUGUGGGGACCUCAGCACCUUAUGCCACCAUAUGGGACUCCACCACCUCCAUAUGUGAUGUAUCCUCCUGGAGGGUUAUAUUCUCAUCCAUCUAUGCCUCCUGGGGCACACCCUUUUAACCCUUAUGCUAUGACAUCUGCAAACAGCAAUGUUGAGGCUUCUGGAGGUGCUCCUGGAGUGGAAAUGGAUGGUAAGUCAUCUGAAGGUAAGGAAAGAAGUCCCAUAAGAAGAUCCAAAGGAAGUUUAGGUAGUUUGAAUAUGAUUACAGGAAAGAACAACAGCGAGCCAGGUAAAACAUCAGCGCAACCAGUUAAUGGAGCGUUCUCUCAGAGUGGCGAAAGUGGAAGUGAGAGUUCAAGUGAGGGGAGUGAUGCCAAUUCUCAAAAUGAUUCACACCCAAAGACAACUGGUGGGCAUGAGUCUUUUGGUGAGGCUUCCCAGAAUGGCAAUUCCGCAAGUGGUUCUCAGAAUGGUGUUACUCAAAUGCCAUCACAGACAACGUUGAGUCAUCCUUUGUCUAUGGUGCCUAUGUCAGCAACUGUACCUGGAGCAAUUGUUGGUCCCACCACAAACUUAAAUAUAGGGAUGGACUACUGGGGUGCUCCAAGCUCAUCCCCUGUUCCGGUGCAUGGUAAGAUUCCUGCGACUGCAGUUGGAGGAGCUGCAGUUCCUGGUGCUCCAUCUGAUCUUUGGUUGAAGGAUGAUAGAGAACUUAAAAGGCAGCGAAGAAAGCAAUCAAACAGAGAAUCUGCACGUCGGUCCCGAUUACGUAAGCAGGCAGAGUAUGAAGAACUGGCUCAACGUGCCGAUACUUUGAGAGAGGAAAAUGCUUCCUUGAGGGCAGAGCUCACCAGGAUCAAGGAGGAGUACGAGCAACUUCUUUCUCAAAACACAUUGCUUAAGGAGAAAAUUGGUGAAGUAAAGCAAGGUGCGGAAGAUCAAAGUCUUGAUGGAAAAGAACAAUGUUCCGGAGAUGACAAACCGAAAAGGAACUUAGAUUCUGAUGCUCAAGCAGCAGAAACAGAGCAAGGGCAGAGUGGCGUCUAGCCCCUCCCUGCUCGAGAUUGGAGUCUAACCCCAAAGGAUCCCCACGCCCAGAUAACAUAAAAUGGUUAAGAACCGAGCAUAUUACAGUUGUUGCUGUCAAUUGGUAUUAGGUAAAACUGUCACUACUAAGGCAGAUAUAGAUAGGGUGGGAAGGCGCAGCUUCUUCCUCUUCUGUCAGCAUGGCUAGUGUGACCCUUCUCACUCGCCUAUUUGUAUGCUUAACCUUUGAUUGAAUGUAUUGCUCCAUGAGAAACUAAUUAUUGCUAAUGCUGUAAUGUUAACUUUCAUCUUAUUGUUGAACAAAGAACCUGUGUUUUAUCA